AUGUUUAACGACAAUACAGCCUUAUUUUAUUUUCUUAUUUUACAAAGUAGGAUCAACGCGAUUACCGAUCGAGAGGAUCAAGUCUCAAAUUCUGGUGCUAACUUCACAUGGAAACCACUCUCGGUUAAGUUGCGGCCCUCAACUUUGUUAUUAAAGUCUGCUGGUCCUGAAAAAAGAGCCGGCUAUGUGUCUUUUAUGUUGAAUAAAGAAGUGAUGCAAUUUUGCUUUUUUAUUUUACAAAGCGCUUCAACUUUGUUAUUAAAGUCUGCUUGUUCGGAAACAAAGAGCUGGCUAUGUAUCUUUUAUAUACUUGUUGCAAAACUAUUGGGAUAA